AUGGUUAAUAAGAACCAAGAUGUAGACGAAGUCUUACAUCAAGUUAGACACGAUGAUAGGGCAGGAGACAACAACUUGGUUGCCAUGGUUGAAAGGAUUAUAGUGCGAAAUGGGGUGAAUGUUAGCUUUCAUAGGCCAAAUUAUAGUUCCCCAUUAUCUAACUAUAUCUUGCAAACUGAAUUGUGUAAAGGAUUAAAAGUUCCAAAAUUUAUAAAAUUUUCAGGAGAUACUAGUGAAUCGAAUGUCGAACAUGUGGCGAGAUAUCUAACCGAAGCAGGAGACCUUGCAAAUAACGAAAACUUAAGCAUAAAAUACUUCACUAGUUCGCUCACUAAAAACGCCUUCACAUGGUUCACUACACUCCCAAUGAGUUUGAUUCAUGAUUGGACUCGUCUAGAAAGAUUGUUCCAUGAACAGUUUUAUAUGGGGAAGUCAAACAUUAGCCUGAAAGAAUUGGCUAGUAUUAAGCAUAAAUUUUCUGAGCCAAUUGACGACUAUCUUAAUAGGUUCCAUUUGCUAAAGACAAGGUGUUUCACAUAG